GCAGCGUUUACGAGACGAGAUCCAAUCGAAGUCGCGAGCAAAGAAGUUCUCCGCGGAGACUCUUUUUUCCCCCGUUCCCAUUCCCGUUCCGUUGUGUUGUUCUUAAUAUUGCCGUUAAUUGCCAAAGAAAAUACGAAAUACGAGCUGCGUGAUCGGAGAUCUACCUCCCCCCCUCUAUCAUACAGUGUGUCACUGCCAACGUUAAAAGAAACAAAAACAAAAGGCCACAAAGUCAGAGGAAGGCCAGAAUCGGUUGACUUUAUAUUUUUUAUUUAUUUUUGCAUAAUUUUUUUCCUGUUGUCUUGCCCAAUAUCUGUGUUUGUUAAUUCGAAGCGAGUGCUGUGCGCCAAACAAAAUGCAAUUUAAUAGCAUUUAGGGAACGAAGAGUACAAAAUAACAAAAAGAGCGGAAACACACAGACGCGUAUAGAAACGAGUUCAGAAUGGACUUGGACAUGACUAUGAACAUGGACACAACGGACAUGCAGAUGGAUGCCCCAGCGGCCACGCAGUCAAUCUACCCGCAUUCGGCGACAUUGUUUGCUGCAAUUAGUGCCUGCGUCUUUGUGACGAUCGGUGUGCUGGGUAACCUGAUCACCCUGCUGGCUCUGCUAAAGAGCCCCACGAUACGGGAGCAUGCCACCACCGCCUUCGUCAUAUCGCUGAGCAUCUCGGACCUGCUCUUCUGCUCCUUCAGUCUGCCGCUGACAGCGGUGCGAUUCUUCCAGGAGAGCUGGACAUUUGGCACCACCUUGUGCAAGAUAUUUCCCGUGAUCUUCUACGGCAACGUGGCCGUUUCACUCCUCAGCAUGGUGGGCAUCACCCUGAACAGAUAUAUACUCAUUGCUUGCCAUAGCCGCUACUCGCAGAUAUACAAGCCCAAGUUCAUAACACUCCAGCUGCUGUUCGUGUGGGCCGUUUCCUUUCUGCUUUUGCUGCCACCCAUUCUGGGCAUUUGGGGUGAGAUGGGACUGGAUGAGGCCACAUUCUCCUGCACAAUCCUCAAGAAGGAGGGACGAUCGAUCAAGAAGACACUUUUCUUGAUCGGGUUCCUGCUGCCGUGUGUGGUGAUCAUUGUCUCGUACUCCUGCAUUUACAUUACGGUGCUGCACCAGAAGAAGAAAAUCCGCAGCCAUGACAACUUUCAGAUUGGAGCAAAUGCAGCGGGCAAGGGAUCCUCGGCAGGCGGCUCCUAUGUGACCACUACAAGUACGAGAAAGGCGCGCGAGGACAAUCGACUGACCGUAAUGAUGGUCACCAUCUUCCUGUGCUUCCUCAUCUGCUUUCUGCCGCUGAUGCUGGCUAAUGUGGUGGACGAUGAGCGGAAGACUUCAUAUCCCUGGCUGCAUAUUAUUGCCUCGGUGAUGGCCUGGGCCUCCAGUGUCAUCAAUCCGAUCAUCUAUGCGGCCAGCAAUCGCAACUACAGGGCGGCCUACUUCAAGAUCUUUGCGCUGCUCAAGUUCUGGGGCGAGCCGCUGUCGACGACGACAAGUAGAAACUAUCACCAAAGCAAGAACUCCAAGGAGCUGUCGGGCGUCAUCCGCAGCACACCGCUCUUCCACGCUGUGCAGAAGAAUAGUAUUAACCAAAUGUGCCAAACAUAUUCAGUAUGAUCGAAUCAAAUCGAAUCGAAUCGGAGUCGGAAUCAGAGUCGAGUCGUUGCAUUAAGAGCUUGUAAUUCGUAUAUCAAUUAUAAUUAAUUAUUACCGUUUAAUUUAUAAAUAUAUGCAUCGAUGUAUGGCUGCGCUUACAUCAAAGACAAUCGAAAUGAUAAAUAUAUAUACUUAGAUCAAUUGAGAAA